AUGCUCUUAGGCGGGGCGAUGGCGAAGAUCAGGGUGGCUUACGAGUACACCGAAGCCGAGGACAAAAGCAUCCGGCUGGGCUUGUUCCUGAUCGUCUCCGGCAUCGUGUCGCUUUUCAUCCUGGGCUUCUGCUGGCUCAACCCGGCCCUGCAGGACUUGCAAGGCAAAGCGGCCAACUGCACCGUGCUGUCGGUGCAGCAGAUCAGCGAGUUCUUCGAGUGCACCUUCACGUGCGGCGCCGACUGCAAGGGCACCUCCCUGUACCCCUGCCUCCAGAUCUACGUCAACAACUCCGAGUCCAACGCCCGGGCGCUGCUGCACCAGGACGAGCACCAGCUCCUCACCAACCCCAAGUGUUCAUAUAUCCCUCCCUGUGAAAGAGAGAAUGAGAAGAACUCUGACAUUGUAACACACUGGCAGGUCUACUGGGAGGAUGAAGUUGGCUCUCAACCUUUCACAUGUUACUUCAAUCAACACCUUAGACCGGACGACGUCCUGUUACGGCGCACGCACGACGAGUCGGUCCUUUUGCACUGCUUCCUUUGGCCGGUGGUUACGUUCCUGGUUGGAGUCCUCAUUGUGGUUCUGACCAUAUGCGCAAAGAGCUUGGCCGUCAAAGCAGAAGCAAUAAAGAAGCGGAAGCACUCCUAAGCGGAAGAGUCCCUGGCAGGGGAGUGGAGGGAUUUGGGAGGGGAGGCAGAAGUGCCAAACGCAAUUGACAGGCGCUUCUUGGGUGCCUCCCAGCAAUGCCCAUUCCCAGUGUAUUGCCAGCUGCUGGUCUUGCUCUUGCCUGACGAUUAAUCUUAGGUGACCACGCUGUGAAAUGUUAAGUAGCUGCUUCUGCCACUAUGAAAGCAAACGUGUCUAUUCCACCAAAUGAUCCUAAGCUGCACCAAACUGGCUGUACUGCAUUAAUAAUACCUGAACGAUGGCUCUUUUCUCCAGGUCUCCGAUGGACUGAAGGACAGUUUCUAAAAAAAAGAAAAGAAAAAAGUGUGGUUGAUUUCAUCUUAGCAAAACUAUCUUUCUUAACAUUAUUAUUUAGUAUUUAUUUAUUAUUUCCUUUCUCAUAGACUGUAUUUCUGAACUAUUAAAA